AGGGGUUCUGUUUUGAGACUCCAUCAGUCCAUCACAUUGUAGGAAAAGAAGCGGCAUACGAGGUUCUGCUGCAGAAUUAAGCAGGUGAAGAUGAAGCUGAAGCAGCUAGAGGGGCUUCUUGGUUCUCUUGAACAGUUCACCAAGCCCAAGAUUGAACUCGAACAAUACCCAACUGGAGCCCACAUAGCUUCCCGGGUGCUAUACACUGCUGAAACUUCAUAUGGGGAUGUGAGCAAUAAGGUAGUUGCGGAUUUUGGUUGUGGUUGUGGUACCUUAGGCAUUGGUGCAGCUCUCUUAGAAGCAGAACAUGUUAUUGGUCUUGAUAUAGACAGCGAGUCUCUUGAGAUUGCAGUUGCAAAUGCUGAAAACCUUGAGGUAGAUAUGGAUUUUGUUCAAUGUGAUAUUAGUAAAUAUCAAUGGAAAGGCCAAAUGUUUGAUACUGUUGUUAUGAACCCACCAUUUGGAACACGGAAGAAAGGUGCUGACAUGGAUUUCCUUUUUGUGGCGUUGAAGGUUGCCUCCCAUGCAGUUUAUUCGUUACACAAGACUACAACUAGAGAACACAUCAGACGGGCCGCAUUGCAAGAUUACAAGGCUAUUAGCGCCGAGGUUAUAUGUGAGCUACGAUACGAUGUGCCAAAGCUAUACAAAUUUCACAAGAAAAAGGAGGUGGACAUUGCAGUGGACCUAUGGCGAUUCGUUCCUCCUAGACACACUAAUAGUGGUGUACAUAGUUAAUCAUACUAUUAAUAAUUUCAUUCAUUGGCAGACUCGGAAUUGUAUUGUCAAAAGUUUUGAGUCUGCAUAAGUUCAACUAAAAAUCUUUUUUGAGGCAGUUAUUUAGUCAGGCAUGCAAAAGGCGGUGCUGGAGGCAAGCUAUAUGCUCCCUCUUCCCAUAAUGUUCUCUUCUUUUUGGCUAUGGGCUGAAAUUUCUUUAUUUCAGCUAAUAAUUAUUUGGGAGAAUUUGACUUUGCAUCCCACGUUUUGGGUGAUAUUAGACUUUGCACCCCAUAUUGAAAAAACUUUGAUUUUGCACCCCAACACAUAACAUUUUGUGAAAAAAACAUUAUAAAUGGGAUGCAAAGUCAAAGGAUUUUUAAGUGGAAUGGAGUGCAAAAUCAAAGUUUUUUUUUUGAAAAUGGGGAGCAAAGUCCAAUAUCACCCAAAAAGUGGGGUGCAAAAUCAAAUCCCCCUAAUUAUUUAACUAGCCCUGUUUGGAUGCAAGUCUAAACCCGGAUAAAAAUAAAAAACCAGGUUGAAUCAAAACAUUUGUAACGCUAGCGUUUCUAUUAAGCGGAUCAUAUAAUACCUUCUGAUCCCAAAGUACCCCGUGCAUGUGCAUAUAUCCAAUGAAGACCAUUAAUCAUUCUCUGCUCAUUGCUUUGAAGACUAUCUGUCCGCCUUCUUUUCCAUACCACAUGAAUAAAAUUAUUUUUGGAGGACAGACGCAUAGACAGUUAAUAUAUACAAACAAGGGUGAGAUGUUUAUAUUACAUAUACAUGUAUAAAUUCAAAAAUAUUACACACACACAUUAAAAGGGUGAAAAUAUAAAAAUCAUUAUAAUGAAUAUUUUAAUCUAUUAAUAAAUCAUAUGUCCGUUAAUGUAAUUUUAUAUUAUCCCAACUCUAGACAAUAGUAUCUGAUUCAAAUAAUAGUCCCUAAUUCAAACAUUAGCGUGUAGCAUACAGUUCUAGCUCGUUGUGCCAAACAUAGCCUUUAUUGUUGAUAUCAUUUAUCUUAGUUCUAAAACCUGUAAUUAUUCUAAUAGUCUUUUUCUCACCUGCUGAUCCAUUAUGUUUUGUAUUUAUGACUUCCAACUCUCCAAAAUUGUGAGUAGAGCAAUUGUUACUCCUGUGGGCACACUGGAUUCACAGUUCUUACUUUCUCUUUCAUUCUUCAUUCGUUUCUUCUCUUCUUCUAAAGAGUAUUUAUCUCCUUUGAAUCAAGCCUUAAUUUCAUUCAUUUCCUUCCCAUAACAUUGAGACAACUCUGUUCACAUUGCUCUGAUGAGCAACCACGAUGAAUUUUAGUUUGAUUAUUGGAAUAUGGCAGGCUUAAUUUUAGUGAAAAUGUGUUUUGGUGUUUUGUGAAUUAGGAGUUUAAGUUUUGUUUUUUUAUUUGAUCAUAUCAUACAUUCAUAUGGUAGGAAAAGUGGUUGGAAAAGAGAGGGUAUUGUAUAUUGGGAAAUUUGCUAAAAUAGUAGUAAAACAGUGUGUUUUCCCUAAGUAAGAGUUACAAUGUUUCCUGAAGGACUAGAGUACUGUCGUUAUCUAUAUCUAUAUAUACCUUGUGAGUUGACUCGGGAUGGACCCAGUCCCGAUUCCGGUCCUAGACCGGCCGGUCCCGGGUAUUAUUUGUAAAGACCGGAACUGACCCGGGGUAUAACGUACCCGGUUCCAGUCCUGGGCGGUCCAGUAUUUUUUUUUCAAUUUAAUGUAUAGAAUUUGAAUAGAAGUAGAAUGGUGUUAGUUGUAGUGUGAAGUACUGUGAAAAAAUGUAUAAAAUGCAUGACAGCAUGAGUAGGUAUAUAUAGGAAAAAAUUCUGGUAACCCCCCACCCCCAAACCCCUCCCCAAGUGCCAAAGAGCCGUUACUAGCUGUUCCAAAUGGCUAGUUUGACUAUGGGUGGACUCGUGCCGGUCCGGGCCAACCGGUCUAUUCUUUUUUUUGGUUCUCCUUUUUAACCCCCUACCCCUCCCCCUCAACCCCAAACCACCUCAAAUGUCUCAAAAUACCUAAUCCAACCCAAAACUUAAAAAAAUUUCAAAAAAAAAAAAAAAAAUUAAAAUCCGACCCGGACCGGGCCCGAACCGGCCGGCCCGGUUCACCAAAAUCAGGGCCUGAGCCCGGACCGCCAUCCCACCGGGCCGGGUGGCCCGAACCGGUGCACCAACCGGUUGACCGGGCCGGUCUGGGCCCGCACAGUAGCGGGCCGGUCCGGUUCCGGGCCGGUUGGCCCGGCCCGAGUCCACCCCUAAGUUUGACCCCAGCCCCACCCCAGCCCCAGCCCUAAUUAAAAUCCAAUAAAAUAAAAUAAAAUGGCCGUUGUGACUGGAAUUGGGACCGGGACCGCCCGGUCCGAUCCCCAAACACCCUACCCAAGACCGAGAGCGCCUGAACCCUGGUCGGUUACCCGGUCCAAGCCCAGGACUGGAAAACCGGAUCCGGUUCGGUCCCGCACAGUGGCGGGUCUGGUUCCGGUCCCUAGAGUCGGUCCGUGACCGCCUAACCGGGUCCAUCCCUAGAGUCGACUACUUACCGAGCAAAUCAACUGUGUAAUUGUGUGAAGAUGUGAAAUAAAGUUCCCAGAGGCUGGUAUUGUUCAUUUGUUCCCUUCAAUCCUUUAUCUACUCUGUACUACGGAGUAUAUAGUUUAGAUUUCUUUUAAUUUGUUGUCAAUUGGUAAGUUUCUUAUACUACGUAGCUUAUUGUUUACUAUUUCAAAGUGUUUAUUGAAACGUUUUAAAUUAAAUGGUUAAGAAAGAACUUAGCAAUUGACGAUGAGUGAGUGAUCUUAUGGGCAGUUCUCGUGCAUCAUUCAAGAAACUAAAAAGGACCAUUAAAACAAGAAAUAUUUAUUCUAUCAUCUAAUUGAUUCUAAUCCUACAUUUUUCUAAUUUGAGUCAUCACAUACGCUGACAUUUUUGGCAAACUAUUGUCUUUUCUUUUUCAAUUCAAGUCUUAUUGAAUUAUUAAAUAAAUAAAUAAUAACUACAAACUUAAGUCCAAGCUAAGAGCAAAUAUAAUCUACUACGUAUAACAGUAUAAUACUCCGCACUUCCGUAGUAUAUCAUGCAUGCAGCUCCAAAAUUUCCCAUUUUUUCAUAUGCUCAUUCAUAAAAAUAGGAUGAUGCCCCAUCCCAAGGGCCUAUGUUUAGGGAUGGACUCGGGCCGGGCGGCCCGGCCCGGGAAUCGGUCCGGGAGGCAGUUCGGGUCGGCCCGGCCCGGUAGGAAUGCG